UGUCUCCUGUCCUCAGACCAGGCGGUGAAGGCAGUGUCGCAGGAAACCACUAAACUCAGCGUGGCAUUCUCCAAACCCCCGCUGCCAUCACAACAGGAUGGAGAGAAGUUGUCUGAGUGGGUCCUGAAGAGUGUCCUCUCUCUGUCCACUGUGUAUUACUGGCUGCCCAAGAGCCAAGGUGUGAGUCUGCGACGACAGGUGAGAGACGCCACAGUCGAUGUGUUGGAGGGAGUCACACAGCUGGUGGAGGUCAUACUGAGCUCCCCACUGCAGAGUCUGUCUCAUGAACAGUUAACUUCAACCGGAGGCGUCUGGUCUGCCUGCGACAGCUUAACCCAGCUGCCCCGAGACAAUAAGGCAGCUCUGUUGGUGGUUCUGUCCGCUCAGAUUGGAGUUGUUAAAGAUGCCAUAGAGGAAAUAGAACAGGCGUUAUCGGAGGUUCAGGACCCCUUCAGUGACGUCCUGGACGAUGACCAGGAUCCUCGAGGAAACCAGGACACCUAUUGGUCGGAGAAGGACCGCCUUGUGAUUGGUCCGUGUCAGGGCCUCAUGAAGGCAUCCGCGGCGUGCCUGAGGAAACUGACGUCUGCCGUCAAAACCCACGGGGACGUCUCCACGCCUCAAAACGUGGCUCAGCUCGACGACCUGGCCGAUAUCACCAAGGAACUCAGUCCUGGUGUCGAUGAUCUAGCUCUCUGUCUCUAUCCACCCAUGGACUAUAGCGGAGUAGAGGACAAUGUUUCUAAAUUGGGA